AUGAGAUAUUUCGCGAGCAACAGCGGCAAUUUAGCCAGGGAACAUCCCUUGUCGCCUUUGGCGAGGUCUCGUGCUACUGUGCCACCGAAUACAACGUCCUCGGUCGACUGUAUCCACACGCGUAUAGUUACAUCGAGCUUUGCACCGCCUACGCGAGCAUGUAGAUCGUCGGGGAAUGACGAUACUGCCGGUCGGGUUAGAGUUGGCUGGCAUCCGUUAGCCGUGGACCAUACAUACGUAGAUUGGAUCGGACAUUGCACGCCGUCAGCUCAGUUUCUGAACAAGGAAACUGCGUCCACCGCCACUAUACUGUUCAAUAGGAUACGGACUAACGCGACCACCCGUACAUUCGGGCCAUCGAGUUGUAAUGUACAGUACGAAAGGCAAUCUAGAUUUCUCACUGACAAGAUCGCGCUGGAAUUUCUGUCAGUUCCGACGCCUGAGGCCGAUCGGCCGAGUCACGCGUCGAUUAAUCGAGAUAUCGAUGAAAUGCAAACGCUUCAGUUUCAUUCUCUGGAAUAG